GUGGGACAACACCACACCACAUACACACACCCCCACCACCACUUUUUACAGUUUUAACAAAGAAAAAACCCCUCUCUCUCUCUCUCUCUCUCUCUCUCGCUCUCUCUCUCUCUACUUGGUAAUUUCAAUUUAUAAGUUUUUAACAAAAGCAAAUAGCUAAAUUCGACGCGGACCCAUUUGCAGAAUCUUAGUCACUGUCUUGUAUUGGGUAUUAAAUUUGAUGCGAGAGAAGAGAGAAACAAGUAACACAAAAGUAAUGGAUGAUGAAGUGUUGCAACGAGUGUUUCAAGAAGGUGGUAGAGAUUAUAUCCACCAACCUUCUACUUCUACUUCUUCUUCAAUUCUUCAAUCUCUCCCUCUUCAUGUGUCUUUCGAUCAUGGAUGUUAUUUGCUAAUCAAGUCAAUUCAAGAACUUCGAGCAGCCAAGGAGGGUCUUGUGACUGUUGGAAUUGGCGGUCCGAGUGGUUCAGGCAAAACUAGCUUGGCGGAAAAGGUUACAUCUGUAAUUGGAUGUACAGUCAUAUUGAUGGAAAACUAUCGGAAGGGAGCUGAAGAAUCAAAUGAUUUGGAUUCCAUAGACUUUGAAGCAUUAGUUAGUAAUAUGGAGGACUUGAUGAAAGGUAAAGACACUGCAGUACCAGUGUUUGAUUUCCAAGAAAAACGACGUGUUGGCUCAACAAUCAUAAGGGGAACGUUAUCUGGAGUGGUGAUUGUUGAUGGUACAUAUGCCUUGCAUGCAAAAUUGCGAUCAUUGCUGGACAUUCGGGUUGCAGUGGUUGGUGGUGUUCAUUUCAGUCUUCUGUCUAAGGUUCGAUAUGACAUUGGAGAUUCUUGUUCCUUGGAUAAUCUCAUUGACAGCAUAUUUCCAUUGUUUAGAAAGCACAUCGAGCCAGACCUUCAUCAUGCACAGAUUAGAAUCAACAAUAGUUUCGUCUCAUCCUUUAGGGAGGCAAUCUACAAGCUGAAAUGUAAAAGCGAGUCACCAAAUGGACAUUCUGAUUACACGGAAAGUGGACAGGAGGCGCAAACAGACAAUUUUAUUGAGAUGUACCUUCGGCCACCAUCAGCAAAUGAAGAAGCUCGUAUAAAUGAUUGGAUUAAAGUGCGUCAAUCUGGAAUUCGUUAUUAUCUGUCACUGGGUGAUCAGAGAAUUGUCGACAAACAUUUUAUCAUCCGGCCUAAGGCAGAAUUUGAGGUCGGGAAGAUGACACUUGGUGGUUUGCUUCAACUAGGUUAUAAUGUUGUUGUGAGUUACAAAAGGGAAUCACUCACUUUCAACUUUGGAGAAAUUUCACUGGCUUUUGAAACAAUAGACUCUCUUGGUGAAACAUUCAUGGUGGUGAGAGGUAGUAAUCGAAAGACCGUUGGGGCUGAAGCAUUGAGAAUGGGUGUUUGUGGACCUUGGAUAAUAAAAUCAUAUUUGGAGCUAAUACUUGAACAAAAUGGAGUGCCACGCCUUAAUACACCACCACCUUUAGCUAGUACCUCAAUGGCACGCAAUCAGGAAAGGGCAAUUUCUGCACCACGGCCUAUUCGCAUAACUCCAAAUUUUGUUAAUCAGCUUGAAGAUCUGUCUCAAUCUUGGACUCGGUCACCAACCAAGUCCAAGAUGGAACCUGUCUUAGCAACAUGGCAUUUCAUCUCAACAGUUCCUUCAAGUGCUAAUGCUUCUGAUUUAGCAACUGCAGAUCCAUCUUCUUUCAGGAACAAUAUGCAGCUUGCUCCAAUGCCUGAUUCAUAUGACUUUGAUCGAGGGUUGCUUCUUGCAGUUCAAGCUAUACAGGCUCUUCUAGAGAGUAAAGGUCUUCCAAUCAUAGUUGGCAUUGGUGGUCCAAGUGGCUCUGGCAAAACAAGUUUGGCUCACAAAAUGUCCAAUAUAAUUGGCUGUGAGGUUGUUUCCCUUGAGAGCUACUACAAGUCUGAGCACGUAAAGGACUACAAGUAUGAUGACUUCAGCUCACUUGAUCUUUCUUUGCUCUCAAAGAAUAUUAAUGACAUCAGGAAGAGCAGGAGAACUAAAAUACCCAUAUUCGAUUUGGAGAGUGGUUUCCGGAGUGGUUUUAGGGACUUGGAAGUUUCUGAAGACUGUGGAGUGGUCAUCUUUGAAGGGGUUUAUGCUCUGCAUCCUGAUAUUAGACUGUCACUGGAUUUGUGGAUCGCUGUUGUGGGAGGCGUCCAUUCUCACCUAAUUUCUAGAGUCCAAAGAGACAAGAACAGAGUUGGUUGUAUUAUGUCUCAAAUCGAAGUUAUGAUGGCAGUAUUUCCCAUGUUCCAGCAGCAUAUUGAACCGCAUCUUGUUCAUGCACAUCUCAAAAUUCGAAAUGACUUUGAUCCUGUUUUAUCCCCUGAAAGCUCGUUAUUUGUCUUGAAAAGUAACAAACAAGUGGAUUAUCAAGAUAUAUUGGAGAUUCUAGAAUCUAUUAAGGUCUGCAGCUCUGUACAGAAUUUUAUUGACAUCUAUCUUAGGCUUCCUGGUAUACCUUCCAAUGGCUACUUAACUGAAGGUGAUUGUAUACGUGUUAGAAUAUGUGAGGGAAGAUUUGCGUUGCUGAUACGAGAGCCAAUACGAGAAGGAAAUUUUAUCAUCCAACCUAAAGUUGAUUUUGAUAUCAGUAUCAGCACUGUGAUUGGGCUUCUUAACCUUGGGUAUCAAGCUGUAGCAUACAUUGAAGCUUCAGCUUUCAUAUAUCAAGAUGGAAAGAUUCUUGUCGAAGUUGAUAACCUGCAAGAUGUGCCAAGUCCCUACAUCCAAAUUAAAGGGGUUGAUAAAGAAGCUGUAGUUGCUGCAGGCUCGAUGCUAAGACUGGAUGGUUCAUACACCACUAAGAGUUAUCUGCAAAUUAUAUUGGAGAGCUUACCAGCCCUGGAGAUAAACUCCAGUGGGGUGCACACACAGCAAGCUGCAAGAUUGCAGGAGCUUGUUGAAUUUAUUCAGUCUCAGAAGGGAAGUAGCUCAUCCUCAGAAUCCUCGCCAGGCAGAGAAGGUGCAGCAAUCGACAACGCAAUUGAAGACCUGCAGUGCAGAAUCAAGAGGCUUGAACGGUGGCAAACAAUCAACACUGUACUAUGGACUUUCUUGAUGUCAGCCCUCAUUGGUUAUUCACUCUAUCAAAGACGUCGCCGGUAGGUGCUAAAUUUCAUUAGUUCUGAUAUUAAAAUGGCUGCGGUAAAAUUUUAAAGGUAUUCCCAUCCGUUGUUGGACCAAAGACUAGAUGAGAGUUCCUUGUAUACAAAUCUCAGGAAAAGGUAAAUAAUAUAUAUAUGUAGUGAUUGAUGGCCCGUUUCACUGUCUCAUUUCUAUGCAUUGCUCUUCAUUCAUUAUUGCAUUGUCGCGCAUAGGUGAUUACUUAAUGCUUUCUGGAACAUUAUGUUGUUCAAUUUUGCUAAUUGUGAACUUCCUAGUAGUGCAGGAGUAGUCUGGUAUAAAUAGUAGAUAAAUCAAUCGGAUUACUGGCUCUAAUUAAUUAUUUUUAAGCAUUGAGUAUUAAUGUUUCCAAUUGAUUUAUGAAAGAUGAGCAGAAGUGUUUGGUAAUUAUGUUAUUGUUCUCUUCGUGGUCUUCAUUAUCUAUUACAACUAAUAUCUUACUCCUUUUUCAGAAUAAUCUAAGUGCUUUUUAGGAGGUUGAAUAGUCUAAGGGAUAAAUUGUUUCGGUGGUUAUCAGAUAUUACUUGGGAAAUUCGUAAUGGUACCGUCCUAGUAUUAACUUUUCUCAAUGGCACACCUUUCAUUUUUGUUCUCAAUGGUGUCCUGUUAGUAUUGACUUUUCUCAAUAUACACCUUAAUUUUGCAUUCUUAAUAGUACCUUCAUAGAAUUGACUUUUCACUAAAUAUAUGAUUAUGAUCUACCACAAAUGAUUAAAUGUCAAGAACAUAAAUCAUCAAAUUAGUUAGAGAACGUAUUGUGUCGGACUCGUCCGACCAUAAUCUUGGUCGGACGACUUUCAGGUGGUUCCAAUUUUUUUUCAGGUAGUCUUCAUUUUUUUUCUGGUGGUUCCAAUUUUUUUUCAGGCAGUCUUCAUUUUGUUUUCAGUUAGUCUUUUUUGUUUUUCAGUGGGUUUUUGUGCUUCAGUUAGACUUACUUGGGUUUCAGUUGGUCUUUAUUCUUUUUCAGGUAGUCUACAUUUUUUUUCAGGUAGUCUUCAUUUUGUUUCAGUUAGUCCAUUAUUUCUUUCAGUUGGCCCAUUAUUUAUUUCAGUUGGUCCAACUGAAAGAAAAGAAAGUCUAACUGAAAGAAAAGAAAGUCUAACUGAAAGAAAAGAAAGUCCAACUGAUAGAAAACAAAGCCCAACUGAAAGAAAAGAAAGUCCAACUGAAAGAAAAGAAAGUCUAACGGAAAGAAAAGAAAGUCUAACUGAAAGAAAAGAAAGUCCAACUGAAAGAAAACAAAGUCCAACUGAAAAGAAAACAAAACACUAACCUCUACUUUCUCUCACUUUCUCCUUCUUCUCCAUUGCAUCAUAUCCACACUGCCCCUUACUUUCCAAACAAGCUGUGCAGUUAUAAGCCUUCCAGUUUAGCAACACUCCACUUUCUAACAUAUCUAUUAUUCUCCCAUCUUUCAUAUCCUCAUCAUUAUAUGGAACUUCAAUAACAACACCAUUACACUGUCCCACCAUUGAUGAGAACAAGGAGGAGCAUGAAAACCGCCAAAAUGAAGGAAACUUUUGCCAUGGUUUUUAGUAUUGUGUGUAAUUGACGUGUGUUAAUGGGUAUACUUGCAUAUAUAAGCAGUUUACAUAUAUGAUGAUGGUUAAGGGUUAGUUGCUUUUCUGGUCACAUUUCUGUGAAUGAUUUUUGGCGAAAUUAUAUGAUUCUUCGCCAGAGCAAAACAGCUAUAGACUCACCAAAAACACUACUCUAAAUAUUCUGAAAUUUGCAUAUCUUAUAAUACAAGAAAAAGAGAAUAUUCUUUGGUUUUGCUUAUUGUUUUAGAGUCUUUGUGGACAUAAUAUUUCUUGGCUAACAUUCUUUCCAUGGCGGAUUUUGAGAAGGUUACGAAGAAGAAGGUUUCUUUUCUCCUUUGCUGUAUAUUAUAGUACUGGGCUCAGCCCGUCUGACGAGAAUAUUAGGUCAGACGGUCUGACCCAAUACUUUCACAAUUAGUUAUAUGACGAUUUAAUCAACUACACCCUCUUUUCUAGAGUUUUGUAUUAAUUUGUCAAUGUAAUAAUGAGUUUUCUUGGUUUU